UUGCAAGGACUAUAAAUCUCAUAAGAGUGAUGUCCAGCUUCCCUUGGUCAAAACUAUCAAUCCUUGAGCUGAUGUUCAUCUUCCUUUCUCAGGCUACUUUUCAGUAUUUUGUUAAGGUGUCGAGAUAAGCAUGUUUCCUUUUUAUAUAUUCUAAAGCUAUAGUUUCAAAGAUCCUUACUACAAGCAAUAUUCUAAAAUUAUACUUCAAAAGAUUAUUAUUGCAAAACUCUUUUUAGCUAGAAGCAGAAAGUUCCUGUCAAACAGCAACAUCCUUAAAGCUUUAAUUUGAAUCUCCUAAAUCAACUUAAGACUUAUAAACGUUAAUUGCAGACAAAGAAUAGGUUCAAAGGCCUUCUUCCAUGCUUUACUUCCUCGGUUAUUUAUUAGAAUUGUCUUUAUAACUGUCCCAUGGUCAGUUUCCACACAUAUCACAAUCACAUAUACACACGUUGCCUGUAUGUACCUGACACGAAACACAGCUUUGUAUUUCACAUACCGAAAAAUGCGUUCUUCCAAAUGGUCGUUGAAUAGCUGCUUUUUGAUCAUAUCCGGCUGGUUAAUCACAUGAACAUAUCCGCCAGCUAAUCACAUGAACUCAGUGAGGAAUGGUACCCAAACCCACCUCUGUGAAUCCUCCUAGGAACGCCCCGAAGGACGGAGCACAGCUUCGGGAACAUCUGAGGGGAGAGGACCGUGAUUCAGUUUGGCGCUGAGGAGCGGCCCAGGCCGCCAUUCACCCUCUGAGGGCCGGGCCGGAGUUUCCGCCGCUCCCCGCGCCGCGCUCGGAUCCUCUCGGCUCUCCUCCGCCCGGAGCCGUUCGGCUCCUCCCGGUCACGCUCGGCUCCGUUCGGCUCCUCUCGGUCGCGCUCGGUUCCCGCGCGGCCCCGCCCCGCGGUGACGCGCUCAGCGGGCGCCGGGCGGGAGCGUGGUGUCGGCGUCGCUCCCGCAUCCACAGCCAUGUUCCCGUCGGCUCCCGCCUCCCCGCGGACCCCGGGCGGGUCGGCCCGCAGGACCCUGGGCAGCGCCGCGCCCAGCCCUCUCUCCCGGCCGGGCGGCAAGAAGGGCCUGCCCGUCGUGGCGGCAGCCGCCUCCCCGGUGCUGUUCUCGCCGGCGGCGCGGAGGAGCGGUUCCCUCUCGGCGCGAGCGACUCCUACCAGAGUUAUCCAGCUUCCUACAGCAACUGAGACUAUUAACUAUGAUGUUAAGGCUUUUGGAUCCUCUCUGCCUGUUAAGGUUAUGGAAGCGCUGAAGAAGGCUGAUGCUGAUGACCACCUGAGUGUUCAAGUGGAUGAAAGUGGAUGGGCCUGGCUAGUUCAUAAGGAGAGGCUGAUUAUUUGGAAGAUUGGUCAAUCUGCAGUAGCUAAGUUAUCUCUGUGCAAGGAAUUGCAGCUGCCACCCAGUGACUUCCAAUGGAGUUCUAGUUUAGCAGCUAUAUCUUGUCUCAAUUCUUCAGGUGACGCACCUUCUCUUCAGUCUCUGGCAAUAAUGGUUGCUACCAGUGAAGGUUCUGUGCGCUACUGGCCCAAUCUUGCACACGAAGGAUCCUAUACAGACACUUUCACAGACUUUGGAGGCUCUCUGUGCAGUUUCCUCACAGCAGUAAAGGGGGGAAGCUUUAUUUUAUCAUCUUCCAGAGGUCAAUUAGUCCGGUUGAUACCUGAUAGUUCUGGCAAGAUUCAUCAACAUGCCCUGCCACAGGGGCAGGGUAUGUUUUCUGGAAUUGGUAGAAAGGUUUCUUCUUUCCUGGGUAUAUUGUCUCCUGGAAAUGAUGCUGUGAUUUCUAGUGUUCUUUGGGAUAGAGAGAGAUCAAGCUUUUACAUGCUGACAAGUUCAAAUCUAAACAAAUGGGAGAUUGAUGAUUCAUCAGAACGUUACAUUCUCAGCUGGGAUAUCAACAGGAUCCUGAAAGAACAUAUUACAGAUGCAAUUUGGGGGUCUGAAAGUAACUAUGAAGAUAUUAAAGGAGGAGUAAAUAUACAAUACAUGGAUUUGCAACAAAAUCGGUAAGGAAGUACACUUGCAUCUGGUAAGACCUUCAUUAAUGAGAUAAAUCU